UCCACCUUGCGUGAUGUUUUUUUUUUCAGUUGAGAUAAGGCAAAAAUCAAGCUGGGAUUGUGGUAACAGAGCAAGGAUUUUUUUCUUUUUUCUUUUUUUUUUUUGGUGUGGUGCACGUGGUGAUUGCUUGCGCGUUCAUUGCUAUGUCGACGAGGCGGCAUUUUGCGGUAUUCACCACGGCGAGCCUCCCAUGGAUGACAGGGACGGCCAUCAACCCGUUGUUCCGGGUGGCCUACCUCGCCAAGGACGGGGAUAGGGAGGUCACGUUGGUCAUCCCCUGGCUCUCUCUGAGGGACCAAGAAUUGGUUUACCCAAACAAGACGGUGUUCGAUUCGCCUCUGGAGCAUGAGGCCUACGUCCGUCGCUGGAUCGAGGAGAGGGUCAGCUUCAGGCCUUCCUUCAGCAUCAAGUUCUACCCUGCCAAGUUUUCUAAAGAACUGAGAAGUAUUCUACCUGUUGGAGAUAUCACAGAAUGUAUUCCAGAUGAAGUGGCUGACGUUGCUGUUCUGGAAGAACCUGAACAUCUCAACUGGUACCACCAUGGGCGCAAAUGGAAAGCUAAGUUCAGGCGAGUGAUAGGUGUGGUUCACACAAAUUAUAUAGCAUAUGUGAAAAGAGAAAAGAAUGGACAAGCGAUUGCCUGUUUCAUGAGGUACAUGAACACCUGGGUUACCCGGAUUUAUUGCCACAAGAUAAUCAGAUUGUCAGGUGCCACUCAAGAUCUGCCCAGAUCUGUUGUAUGCAAUGUCCAUGGCGUGAAUCCAAAAUUUCUUGAGGUAGGCAAACUAAAGUUGAAGCAGCUGCAGAAUGGGGAAAUAGCCUUCACAAAGGGGGCGUACUACAUUGGGAAGAUGGUAUGGGGUAAAGGAUACAAGGAACUUCUGGACCUGCUGUCCAAAUAUCAGAGCAAAUUGGCGGGUCUAGAAGUAGAUUUGUAUGGUAGUGGUGAAGAUUCAGAUGAAGUCCGAAAAUCUGCAGAACAAUUGAGUUUGGCUGUGAAGGUUCACCCAGGACGUGAUCAUGCAGAUCCCCUAUUCCAUGAUUACAAAGUAUUCAUCAAUCCUAGCACAACAGAUGUGGUCUGUACAACCACUGCCGAGGCCCUUGCAAUGGGAAAAAUUGUCAUAUGUGCCAAUCACCCUUCAAACGAGUUCUUCAAGCAGUUCCCUAACUGCCACAUCUAUGACAAUGAGGAGGAAUUUGUACAACUAACUCUGAAUGCUCUAGCAGAGCAGCCUGCUCCAUUGACAGACAUGCAGAGGUAUGACCUAUCUUGGGAGGCAGCGACCGAGAGAUUCAUGGAAGCUGCCGAGCUGAACCUUCCGGUCUCAGCAGAGCCAAAAAUCCAUCAAACAUCCAAGGCCUCUCUCCCUGCUUUUCUGAGGACUCGUAAGCUGAAACAAAGUUUGGAGGAUGCAUCAGUUUACCUACACCAAGCACUGUCCGGACUGGAAGUCACCCGUCGUGCCUUCGGUGCUGUUCCAAAGACGCUGCAACCUGAUGAGCAGCUGUGCAGAGAUCUUGGUUUGGCUCCUCCCUCCAAGAAAAGAAGGCUGAAACUGAAGCUGACUACGUGAUGAUGUAACCAGUAACUUCCUUAGUUCUCUUGAGCCCCUAGUUGCAUUAUGUCAUUUCUUUAUGUACAUUAUCCUAGUAUUAUGGAAGAAUCCUAAUGGAGGAUUAGUGUCUUCAAUUAUGUUUACUUAGUUCAGGAUGUACAUUACUUAAACACAAAUGUAAAUUGGAGUGUUAACUCAGAUUUCCAUUGGAGGUUUGAAACUGUGGUGUAAUUUUGUCAUGGUGUAAGCUUUCUUGAUCAAGUUUGCCUUUUUCUUUGUACUUGAAAAUUUGUAAAAGUAUCAGUACUGAGCCCCGUUCGAAUCCAACGGAGGAUUUGGAUUUCACGGGCAUACUUUGAUUACUUUCCA